CCCGCGGCCUCAACGCCGCCUCGCCCGGCUGGCCUUUCCCCGCCCGGAGCCGAGCGUGAGGACUGCUGAGGCCGCAGGAGUGAUUUGAAGAAAAAUGUAUGUGAAUCUUUGACAUCAUGAUGUACAUACGGCAAAGAAAAGAGAUAAAAACCACCGAGGUUUCUGAGGACUUUCCAGCACAAGAAGAAAAUGGGAAGCUGGAAAAUAAAUUACCAUCUGGUUGUACCAACAGAAGAUUUUGGAAGAUCCUGUCAUUUACAGUUGGUGGAACUACUGCCCUUGGUAUUGGACUUCUUACAUCAGUCUACCUUGCCACCUUACAUGAAAAUGACUUAUGGUUUUCCAACAUUAAGGAAGUGGAGCGAGAAAUCUCAUUCAGAACAGAAUGUGGAUUGUAUUACUCCUACUACAAGCAGAUGCUGCAGGCUCCAACCCUCAUGCAAGGUUUUCGUGGCUUAAUACAUGAUAAUAAAACAGAAUCUAUGAAGACAAUUAAUCUCCUUCAGCGAAUGAAUAUUUACCAAGAGGUUUUCCUCAGUAUUUUAUAUAGAGUUCUACCCAUACAGAAAUAUUUAGAACCAGUUUAUUUUUACAUUUACACCUUAUUCGGGCUCCAAGCCGUCUAUGUCACAGCUCUUUAUAUAACCAGCUGGCUCCUUAGUGGUACCUGGCUAUCAGGACUAUUAGCAGCUUUCUGGUAUAUCACAAAUAGAAUAGAUACCACAAGAGCUGAAUUUACCAUCCCACUGAGGGAGAACUGGGCACUGCCAUUCUUUGCAAUCCAGAUAGCAGCAAUUACAUAUUUCCUGAGACCAAACUUACAGUCUCUUUCUGAAAGGCUGACACUUCUUGCCAUUUUCAUAUCAACUUUUCUCUUUAGUCUGACAUGGCAAUUUAAUCAAUUUAUGAUGCUGAUGCAAGCAUUAGUGCUGUUCAUACUGGACUCUCUGGACAUGCUGCCAGCUAUGAAGGCAACAUGGCUGUACAGUAUACAGAUAACAGGCUUGCUCCUGGUCUGCAUUCUUCAGUUUUUCAAUUCUAUGAUUCUUGGAUCAUUGCUUAUCAGCUUCAACCUUUCAGUAUUAAUUGCAAGAAAACUUCAGAAAAACCUGAAAACUGGAAACUUCCUUAACAGGAUCAGGAAACUUUUGUUACAUUUAUUUGUAGUUUUCUGUUUGACACUUCUUCUCAACAAUAUUAUUAAGAAUAUUCUUAACCUGAAGUCAGACGAACAUAUAUUUAAAUUUCUAAAGGCAAAAUUUGGAUUUGGAGCAACAAGGGAUUUUGAUGCAAAUCUGUAUCUGUGUGAAGAAGCUUUUGGCCUCCUGCCUUUUAAUACCUUUGCAAGGCUUUCAGAUACUCUGCUCUUUUAUGCUUACAUAUUUGUUCUAUCCAUCACAGUGAUUGCAGCUUUGGUUGUUGCCUUUCAUAAUCUCAGUGACUCUGCAACUCAACACUGCGUGGAUAAAAUGGGAAAAUGCACAGUUGAUCUGAAUCCAGAAACUGCUUACAACUUAAUACACACCAUUCUGUUCGGGCUCUUAGCACUGAGUACAAUGAGGAUGAAGUACCUCUGGACCUCACACAUGUGUGUGUUUGCAUCGUUUGGUCUGUGCAGCCGUGAAAUAUGGGAAUUACUUCUGAAGUUGGUCCAUCUUUAUAACCCGAAGAGGAUAUGUAUAAUGCGAUAUUCAGUACCAAUAUUAAUACUGCUGUAUCUGUGCUAUAAGUUCUGGCCAGGAAUGAUGGAUGAACUCUCCGAGUUGAGAGAAUUCUAUGACCCAGAUACAGUGGAGCUGAUGAACUGGAUUAACUCCAACACCCCAAGAAAGGCAGUGUUUGCUGGAAGCAUGCAGUUGCUGGCUGGAGUCAAGCUGUGCACAGGAAGAACCUUAACCAACCACCCUCACUACGAAGACAACAGCCUGAGGGAGCGAACCAAAGCGGUUUAUCAGAUAUAUGCAAAGAGGUCCCCAGAGGAAGUGCACGCCCUCCUGAAGUCCUUUGGCACUGACUACGUGAUCCUGGAAGACAGUAUCUGCUACGAGCGCAGGCACCACCGGGGCUGCCGGCUGCGGGACCUGUUGGACAUCGCCAAUGGACACAUGAUGGAUGGCCCAGGAGAGAAUGAUCCUGAUUUGAAGCCUGCAGACCACCCUCGCUUCUGUGAAGAGAUCAAAAGAAACCUGCCUCCCUACAUGGCACACUUUACCAGGGUGUUUCAAAACAAGACCUUUCAUGUCUACAAGCUGUCCAGGAACAAGCAGUAGACAUUCCGGCCCUUCUCCAUUCUGGAUACAGUGAGACUGUAUCGUAAGGGGAGUUGGUAGCUGAUGUUCCCAGGGUGAAUGGGUCACCAGUACCCAAAAGCUGUGACAUGCAGACAUCCUGCAGCUGUUUACACAAGUGUCAUCAUCUUCCAAAAGCUGAAGUCUUUUUUUGUCUUGUCUUUAUGUUUCAUAUCUUCUAAUGUUCAUUAACUAAAUGUUCACAACUUCCUAAGACUCACCUAGCAUUUGGCUCUUGGGUAGAAUGGUGUGUGUUCCAGGAUGCCUGGACAGCUGCAUACCAUGCUGACAAAGAGAGCCCAAUCAGGAUCAGAAAUACUUUCCAUUUUCAGUUAACUUAUAAGAGCUCUGAGUGGAAAGGAGAGGAUGUAUAGUUAAAUUAUUUAAUGUUAUUUCACUGGUGAAGACCAGUUGGUGGUUUUGUUUUUUUUUCUCAGUCGGUGGUUUUUUAAAAGUUCUUUGUUGUCCUUUUUCAUCUUACAAUUUUAUAAUGUUUUCAAAUUUUCCUGGUUUUAACAUGAACAACAAAAAAUCAUGUUAGGUCUUUGUAUGUAUUUUAAACAUCAUGUUGUACUCUGUCUGAGACAUUAUAUAUCUAGUAGUCUGUGUCAUACAUUAAAACAGUGUUUUAAUGCUGGGCACAGAAAAAGUGUUACCAGUUCUGUGUCGCUGAGUUCUCAGAAGUCUAUUUAGGCAAGUAGAAUUCAUUACUUUUUAGUCUUAUUAUUUAAAAAAAAAAAAAAACUACUGAUACUCUAAUCUCUCCUGCAAGUAAAAUAGUUUGCUUCAUUUCCUACUCAUUUCAAUUUACUGGGUUUGCAAAAUUUUGUAAACUUUUUGUGUUUUUAGCCUUUGUAUUUUUUACAGCCUAGAACCUUGCAAAUUCUCAAUAUUUUUUAAACAUGGUAUCUUGACUAGUUCGCUAGUGCAGUAUUUUUGGCAGACGGCAUUUUCAUACCAAGUUGACUUGUGGUCUCCAAUCUUACACCGUGGGCCCUGGUAAUGUCAUUCUUUUCCACACUAAAAGGUAACCAAGUGCCUCUAAGUCAUGUUUAUUUGUAACAACAGAGAAGAUUAUACAUACCUGCUCAAAAUUUUUGAUAAUUGCUUUUAUAAUUCAUUUCUAAUAAUUAGGGACAUGUAAAAGUUGCUGAUAAAAGCAUAUUGUCCAUUUAAUUAAAUCAAGCUGGCUAAUGAAAUUAACUUUCCCCUCUGUUCUUGCCGGUUGGAAAUGAUUUAAAUGUUUCUCCUUGCAGUUGUAUUGAAGUAAAUUGCCAGCAGCAUCAAGAUGGAUAAUGUCACAUGUUCACAGGGUUUAGUAUUCAGCUACUAGUUAUUAAGCAGCGUUCAGAAACAUUUUUGCAGUGUCUUGUUGGACAUAGGAUACUUGGCUUUUACCAAAACUUAUUUAAAUAAAAAAUUGGCAAUAGCUGGGUUAUUAAAUUAUGCAACUGAAACUCCUGAAUUAUAUCUUUCCUGUAUUCCUUAAUAAGGUUGGAGACCACUGCAGUUUAGGAUAAUACAAUAAUAAAACAUUUUAAUCAGUACUAAAACUUUAAUUAAGCCAGUAAUGAUGCAUGCCUGUUGUAGCUGACAGCAUGGGUCAGUACAUCCUUUGGCGGUGCCUUACUUUAAUUGAAACCAAGCACAUGUAAGGUACAAUAUGUUGACACUAUGUGGUCUUGUUUUUUACAAACUCUGUUACUUUUUCAGGCCUGUUUACGUUUAUUUUAAAUAUUCCUGUGUGUAUUAGUCUUAAGUAUUUGGAGUCUCACUGUACAAGGAGUAUGUACUUAAAUUUGUAUGCCCACCCUCGCCACGUUGCUGGCACACCCUAAUUCUUUUCAUAGUGACACUGUUGCCAAAACAUGUAGUGUUCAGUCUUUAGUGAAAAAUAUAAAGUGCCAAAAAAAAAUUGCAAGACGGAAUCCAUAUAGACACUUUCCAACACACUGUGACCAUGCACAGUAGAAGUUUUUAUUUCCUGAUGAUGCGGUUUCCCUUCUGUUAGCUAUUUUUAGCACCUGUCAGGCUUCUUGUCCAUGACCUUGUUGUUGCAGCGCACGGGAGGAAACGGGGAGAGCAUCUGGCCUGGCUGUGGCUGCCAGCCUCUCUGCAAGGCAAAGCAAGAGCCCUGUGGCCCGAACUCCCCAACCCACAAGCCUUGGGGGCUGCUCCGUGUUUGGUGAUAACCUCAAAUUAGAGCUCACUUUUUCUGGACAGAAACACCCUCUGAUUUUGCUCCUGGCUUGGCGGUCAAAAGAACCCCGUAAGUACAGUAGGAGUGCUUAUAAUUGGUUCCACUUGUGACUCCCCAGAGUACUGAAGUCCCCCCCUUCCCGUGGGCUGCCUGCCGAGCCCCACACAGCAGGCGGAGGGCAUAGCCAGGCUGCUUGUGCCCUCCCAGGGCUCUUGCUCCCCAUUUGCACUGGAUGCUGCUCCCAGAGUUCCCCCCUCGCCCCCCGCAAGUCCUUACUGUGAGUGCGCAGCUCAGGCAGCUGUGUGCAAACCUAGGAGAUGUAGGUAUAAAGUACAAGAGUUGUUUCUACAAAAAUGAACUUGAAUGCCUUGGUAAGAUUACAUAAAUGCUGAAUGGCUAAUAAAAUUGCUUUUCAAUUCAUCACGAUUUAAAAAUUUUUUAAAAUAUUGGGGAAAACAUAAAAACCAAGGAAAUUCGUCCAGGUAUUCAUUCCACCUUCAAAAUGCCUAAACCAACAGAAACGUAUUAAAGUGUACCCGAAUCACGUUGUUGGUGUGAUUUAUGCAGGAAGUAGAACUGCAAUCGCUGGAUUGUUAUGCAGAGGAAAGGCCUUGGCUUCACAGCAAAAUAUUAGAAAAUGAAGGGCUAGAGGUAUAGCUCAGUGGUAGAACACUCGCCUAACGUGUGAGGCCCUGGGUCCCAUGUGCAGCAUCAGGGAAGAAGAUAAUACAUAUAUUAUGCUCUCCUGUUUUAACCUACUUAAUUAAAUGACCAACUACCUAUAAUAAACACAAUUGACUAGUAGAAAUUCUACUCAGAAAGAUCCCCAUCACUUUUACUAUAGGCUUUUACAGAAUAGUAAUUCAUUUCAGAUGUAUUAGGAGGUUAGUUAGUAAAGGAUGAUCUAGGCCAGCUGCUGUCUCUUUAAAGAUGAUUUUCCUGACCUGUGUGAGUCCAGUUCUGUCUAAGAAAUUCGUGUGUGUGUGUAUGUGUGUGUGUGUGUGUGUGUGUGUGUGUGUGUGUUAGGUAGGUGCUGCUAGGGACAAGGACCAUGUAUAUCAUCUGGUCUGCAUCUUUAUUUCACAAUUAACUAAAAAUAAAAAUGAGUAUACCAACUCCACAUGACUAUGAUGUCAAAACUUUGGUUUAUCCUUGAUCAAAAUUUAGUGGAAGUAACACUGAAAUAUUUAAUUUAAAAAAAUUGAACCCAGACCUUGGCAUUAAUAGGAAGAUAUCAGACUUUUCUCAGAUCAUGUAUCUUGGUUAACGUGCUCCCAAAUAUUUUAUACAUGACAGCCUUUUAGCCUAGGAGAGAGUGAUUGUUUGCUCAUGGGUAAAAAGCUUUUAAGAUGAAGAGAGUGGCUCACUUUCUUGUGGCAGUUAAGGUUCUGUUUUUAAAAUCUUGUGGGUAAAAUCUUACAAAGAGCUUUUAUAAUUUGUUGUACUGAA